UAUCGCCAUCGCCACAUUUUGCGAUUCGUUGCAGAAUCUCCCUCUCGCUUUCUCCCCAACCUGCUCGCUUCUGGAAUUCUCAAUACCUUACUUUUAAUGGCAUUCUUAUUGCAACCUUCCUGAGAAUUUUGCUCCCGACGGAAUUUCAUUCUCAUUUUCUGAAUUUCUUCUCCCUUUUUUCCAACAAUAUAAUAUAAUCGUGUACGCGGGGAACGAUAAUUUCGUAAUGGAUACGAUUAAGAAAUCCUUCAAGAGCAAUGUGUCCUUUAAGCACACAAGGAAGAUUUCUGCUGGCGGAGGAGGGACCGAAAUCAGUCACAAGGAGCUCCCCAUUCUUCUCGAUCACGAACCUGCUGCAGUUCAUCGCCAUAGGGGUCGUCGAUCGAUGAACGAUUGCGAUCCAUCUGACCGCACGGAGGUUAUUCUGAAGAUCGACGAUGGCGGUUCUGCGGCUGUUUCGAGACCAGUAGAAGGCAAUGGCGGGAAGGUUUGGCGGGAAACCAACUACGAUUUCUGGAACAAUGACGGAAAGGGGGAAAAUGGGGCGAGUAGGGCUAGUGGUGCGAGUAGGGUUAGUGGUGCGAGAGCGAGUGAUAAUGGUGAUAGGAAUGAGGGUUUUGAAUUUGUACAGCGUGGGUACGGUGUGGAGGUGGAGGAUCCUCCGAUGAAGCUGAUUGGGGAGUUUCUUCACAAGCAGAAAUUGAGGGGGGAAACGACUUUGGACAUGGAUUUGGAGAUGGAGGAGCUGCAACAAGAUAGGAUUAUACCUCCGUUGGCAGAGUCGCCGUUGAGUCAGACUUCUAAGGAUCUCAAGGUUUCGUUCCAGCAGGAUUCGACCGAAAGUUCAAGCAAUGACUCGAUUCGGAGGCGAUACAGAGACUCCCGCGAGCUGCAAGAUGAGUACAAAGGACAGCAAUCGCCAUGGCAACAAUCGCAUCACGAACGUCAUGGAUCUCCGACUAUAUCUGGUGUUCAGAAUGAUUGUGCUGCUGAGGCUGCGAGGUGCACGUCUAAUUUGUCUUUUCAGAGAGAGCUUUCGUUCCAGAGGACGUCUCAUUUGCUGAGGGCGAAAACCAAGUCAAGAUUGAUGGACCCGCCGGAAGAACCAGCCCUCCUAUCUGGCCUCAUUCCUAAAUCGGGACCGCUACGAUCUGGGUUUCUGGGCAAGGGUGAGGAGGAGGACGAUGACCCCUUUCUGGAGGAGGACCUUCCAGAGGAUUUUAAAAGGAGCGAUUUCAGUGUUCUAACACUGCUGCAAUGGAUCAGUUUGGUUCUAAUCACUGGGGCUUUAGUUUGCACUCUUUAUAUUCCUUAUUUGAGGGCAAUGAGCCUAUGGGAGUUGAAUAUAUGGAAAUGGGAGGUGAUGGUUUUGAUACUGAUUUGUGGACGAUUGGUGUCUGGUUGGGGGAUUAGGAUCAUAGUGUUUUGCAUCGAGAGAAAUUUUCUUUUGCGUAAAAGGCUUCUGUAUUUUGUAUAUGGGGUUAGAAAGCCAGUGCAGAAUUGUAUAUGGUUAGGCCUUGUUCUGAUCGCGUGGCGUUUGUUGUUCAAUAAGCGGGUUGAGAGUGAAACCAAUGGCACUGUGCUCAAAUACGUGAGGAGAGUUUUAGUUUCUCUCUUGGUCAGCACCUUGAUUUGGCUAGUGAAAACCCUGAUGGUGAAGGUGCUUGCAUCUUCUUUCCAUGUGAGCACAUACUUUGAUCGAAUUCAGGAAUCAUUGUUUAACCAAUAUGUCAUCGAGACACUCUCGGGGCCGCCGCUGAUUGAAAUUCGGAAGAAUGAGGAAGCAGAGGAGAGGCUUGCAGAUGAAGUCCAAAAAUUACAGAAUGCAGGGGUUAGCAUACCCCCUGACCUCAAGGCAGACACCUCCUCUGUAAAGAGUGGAAGGGUAAUUGGUGGUGGAGUGAACCAGAAAAGUUCUCAUGGAAAAAGUUCUCAUGGAAAAAGUUCUCGACCACUUACCAAAAAUGGAAACGAUGGCAUAACGAUUGACCACUUGCAUAAACUAAGUCCUAAGAAUGUAUCUGCUUGGAAUAUGAAGAGGUUGUUGAACAUGGUUCGAUAUGGGAGUAUUUCAACACUGGAUGAGCAGAUACCUGGGCCGUGUCUUGAGGAUGAAUCUACUAGAGAGAUCAGAAGUGAACGCGAGGCAAAGGCUGCAGCAAAGAAGAUUUUUCAGAAUGUGGCUCGGCGUGAGUUGAAGUACAUAUACCCGGAGGAUUUAAUGCGCUUCAUGAGAGAAGAUGAGGUUUUGAGAACAAUGAGUCUCUUUGAAGGAGCAACCGAAAGCCGGAGGAUAAGUAAAUCUUCCUUGAAAAAUUGGGUGGUCAAUGCCUUCAGAGAACGAAGAUCCCUUGCUUUGACGUUGAAUGAUACGAAAACAGCUGUUGAUAGGCUACACCAUAUGGUGAAUGUCAUAUUCGGCAUCCUUAUAUUGAUUUUAUGGCUUAUAUUACUAGGAAUUGCGAGCAGCAAAUUUUUCGCCUUCGUUAGUUCCCAAAUAGUGGUCGUGGCAUUUAUUUUUGGAAACACUUGCAAGACCAUAUUCGAAGCAAUCAUCUUCUUGUUUGUCAUGCACCCGUUUGACGUUGGAGAUCGAUGUGAAAUCGAUGGAAUGCAGAUGGUUGUAGAGGAAAUGAACAUCUUGACCACCGUAUUCUUGAGAUAUGACAACCUGAAGGUUAUAAUCCCAAAUAGUGUUCUUGCAACCAAAUUAAUUCACAAUUUUUACCGUAGUCCUGACAUGGGCGAAUCCGUUGAAUUCUGCAUCCAUAUAGCGACACCAGCCGAGACAAUUGCUACCAUGAAACAGAGAAUCAUAAGUUACAUUGAAGGCAACAAAGCACACUGGAGCCCUUCCCCUAUGUUUGUGUUCAAGGAUGUAGAGGAGUUAAAUAGGCUGAGAUUGGCAGUUUGGUUGUCACACAGAAUGAAUCACCAAGACUCGGGCGAAAGAUGGGCUCGGAGGUCCGUCUUGGUCGAACAGGUCGUGAAGGUCUGUCAAGAGCUCGACAUUCAAUACCGUCUAUUGCCCAUCGAUAUCAAUGUCCAUUCCCUGCCUUCUUCUGCACCCUCCAUGGGCUUUACAUCUACUUGAACAGCAACACACAAGGCUUCACUUUCACUUGUUAUAGAGAUUCACCAAUCAUCCUGACAAGAAAGUUAAGGCCUAAACACUCUAACAUCCUUUCUCAAGUAUGAUCUUGUUUUGAAUCACGGGAUAGAUAGGUAGAAAUGUUUCAUUACACUGAUCGAGAAUGUCAUAGUGAUUGAGAAAGUCAACGGUCGAGAAGUUAAGUGAGGUCUUAAUCUUUUUUUUUUUUAAACAUAAAAGUGUUCAAAAUAUCACUGUACUAAGUUUAAUCAGUAUAGAUACUUUUGUUUGUUCUGAUAUGGCUGGGAACUUAG